AGUGCACUAGAGUAGGUGAAGAAAGAGAUAUUACCAUAUGGCAGCCAUGGAGAUGAAAGCAUUGAUAUCAGUUCUUCUGAUUUUCAUAACAAUCAGUCUCAAUCCACUGGAAUCCAUAGCCAGCAGAGAGCUUUCUCCGACUGCCAUUGUGAUAGGGGCUGGCAUGUCUGGUAUAUCGGCUGCAAAGACGUUAUCAGAUGCAGGAAUUAAGGAUAUCUUGAUACUAGAAGCAACAGAUAGAAUUGGUGGUCGCAUUAAGAAAACGAAUUUUUCAGGUGUAUUUGUAGAAAUGGGUGCUAAUUGGGUUGAAGGCGUUAACGGAAAAGAAGUUAAUCCCAUAUGGACUAUGGCCAACGAAAUUGGUCUCAAGUCCUACUGCUCUGACCUCGGCAACAUUGCGGCAAAUGUUUACAAACAAAGUGGUGGUCUUUAUAAUGAAUCGGAAGCGCAGAAGGUAGUCGACUCGGCAGAAGAAUUCUUUAACUUCAGUGCAAAUAUAUCGGUUUCUUUAUUAAGGAAUGGAAUGGAAGAUAUCUCAAUCUUGACAGCAGAACGUCUUAGACACAAGGUUCCAUCAACACCAAUCGAAAAGGCGCUUGAGUACUUUAGGUAUGAUUCCCAGCAAGGCGAGCCUCCACGGCUAACAAGUUUGCGGAACACAGCGCCGUUGCCAACAUUUGCAGACUUCGGCAAUGACAUUUACUUUGUUGCGGAUUCUAGAGGAUACGAGAGUGUUGUUCAUUAUGUUGCUAAGCAGUUUCUUACCACUAACAAGGCCGGCGAAAUUAAUGACCCUCGGCUUAUGUUAAACAAGGCUGUGACAGAGAUACAUUACUCAGGCAAAGGAGUUACCGUCAAGACGGAGGAUGGUGGUGUUUACAAAGCUGAGUAUGUGAUGGUUUCUACUAGUAUCGGUGUGCUGCAAACUGACCUCAUUUCGUUCGUCCCUCCCCUCCCGGACUGGAAAUUACUUGCCAUAGAUCAGUUUGAUUUAUCUGUCUACACCAAAAUUUUCAUCAAAUUUCCUUACAAAUUUUGGGCAACUGGUAACGGCACCGAGUUCUUUGUUUACGCACACGAGAGACGUGGCUACUACACUAAUUGGCAGCAACUAGAGAAUGAAUAUCCUGGAGCCAACCUGCUUCUAGUUACAUUAACAGACGAUGAAUCAAGGAGAAUUGAGCAACAACCCGAUUCAAAUACCAAAGAAGAAAUAAUGGAAGUUCUAAGAAACAUGUUUGGAGAUGACAUUCCGGAGGCCACAGAUAUUCUGGUUCCAAGAUGGUGGUCUGACAAGUUUUAUAGAGGUUGUUUCUCCAACUGGCCUGUUGGACUUACUCGCCAUAGGUUCAAUCAGAUUAAGUCCCCGGUAGAUAGAGUUUAUUUCACCGGAGAACAUACAAGCGAGAAAUAUUUUGGCUAUGUUCAUGGUGCAUACCUUUCGGGCAUUGAUUCUGCAAACAGUUUAAUCAACUGUGUCGAGAAGAAAGUGUGCAACCCAAAAGAUGAAAAUGUGCCAGUACGAAAAGAACAGCGAAUGAUCGCGACUUAUUGAAUGUGCAACAUAUGUUUCUAUUGUGCAUCUACUGAAUUACAUGUUCCCGGGAACAGCCUGAACCUGCAGUGCUUCAUGCGCGAGACCAGAUUCCUAAUUUUCACCAAAUAAUGUGCAAUCAGUAUGUCGUAUGAAGCAUUUCUUUUUGUACAACAUUAUCUUUGUUUUUAUUUGUGCAAAUUUUAUUCA